AUGGACGUGUCGCAGGCCGUGGCUGGCUACAUCGCCAAGAUUGUCAGCCCGCCGGGCGAGGCUUCAUCGUCUAAGAUGAAGAUACUGCUACUGGACCGUGAAACAGUGUCCAUCGUCUCGACUGCCGUUACACAGUCGGCUCUGCUCAACCAUGAGGUCUAUCUCAUCGACCGCCUCGACAAUGCUGGUCGCGAGAAAAUGCGUCAUUUGCGCUGCCUCUGUCUGGUCCGCCCUUCGCCCGAGACUGUCCAGCUUCUCGUCGACGAGCUACGCGAUCCCAAGUACGGCGAGUACCAUCUGUACUUCACCAACGUGGCUAAGAAAUCCUCUCUCGAGCGCCUCGCCGAGGCCGACGAUCACGAGAUUGUCAAGGUUGUCCAGGAGCACUUUGCCGACUAUACCGUCAUCAACCCAGACCUGUUCGCUCUCGGUGUCUCGCUCCCUCAGUGGCGGAUAUGGUCUGGCACUCCCGACACGUGGAAUCCCGAUGCCCUUCAGCGGUGCGCCGAGGGCCUCAUCGCUGUCCUCUUGUCGCUGAAGAAGAAGCCUCUUGUUCGGUACCAGAAGAAUAGUUCCCUGGCCAAGAAGUUGGCCUCCGAGGUCCGCUACCUAAUGUCACAGGAGGAUCAACUCUUCGACUUUCGAAAAGUCGACACUCCUCCCAUACUGCUCGUCUUGGACCGUCGAGAAGAUCCUGUCACGCCUCUGCUGACGCAGUGGACCUACCAAGCCAUGGUGCACAAUCUUCUCGGCAUACAGAACGGCAGAGUAGAUCUCAGCCAAGUCCCCGACAUCCGACCGGAACUGCGAGAGAUUGUACUGUCGCAGGAUCAGGACCCUUUCUUCAAAAAGAAUAUGUUCCUCAACUUCGGCGAUCUUGGCGGCACCAUCAAAGAAUACGUCGAACAGUAUCAGUCCAAGACGAAGAGCAAUACCAACAUCGACUCCAUAUCCGACAUGAAGCGCUUCAUUGAAGAGUAUCCGGAAUUUCGCAAACUGAGCGGCAAUGUCAGCAAGCAUGUCACUCUGGUCUCUGAGUUGAGCCGGCGGGUCGCCGACGAAAGGCUGCUCGAGAACAUCCAGAACUUGAUACAGACGCCCACUGUGACACCAGAGGCCAAAGUUGGCCUGGUGGCACUGUAUGCGCUGCGAUACCACAAGCAACCGUCUAAUGCGCUCCCGAUGCUAGCGGACCUUCUUGUGGCGGCAGGGGGGGUGACACCACGGCAGGCGGACGCGGUCAAAGCGGUCUUGUCGUACCACACAUCGCUACCCUCGUCCCAGUCUCAGGGCGGCAUCUCUGAACUGUUCGAGUCGGCAGGCAUCUUCUCAGGCGCCUCGAGUAGGUUCAAGGGCCUCAAGGGAGUCGAGAACGUCUACACACAGCACACAACACUGCUUGAGAGUACGUUGCAAAGCCUCAUCAAAGGCAAGCUUAGAGAGCAGCAGUAUCCGUUUGUGGACGGUGGUGGCUCAACCCGCGACAAGCCCCAGGACAUCAUCGUCUUCAUGGUCGGCGGUGCCACGUACGAGGAGGCCAAGAUGAUAGCGGGCGUCAAUGCCUCGACUCCUGGCGUCCGAGUCGUACUGGGGGGCACCUCGAUUCACAACGCGGCGACUUUUCUCGAGGAAGCGAGUCCGCAGACUGGGGACAAUUGGGUGUUUGUUGCCGGGCCCGUCGUCGUCGAUAGGCAUUUUGGUCGGGUGCCCUUCGAUGUCGUCGUCAUCGGCGGUGGCCACGCCGGCGCCGAGGCAUGCGCGGCCGCUGCCAGGGCUGGCGCGAGGACCGCUCUCGUCACGCCCAAGAUGGACAAUCUAGGCACGUGCUCCUGCAAUCCAAGCUUCGGCGGCAUUGGCAAGGGCACCAUCAUACGCGAGAUCGACGCCCUCGACGGCCUGGCGGGGAGGAUCAUCGACCAAGCCGGCGUCCAGUUCCACAUGCUGAAUCGAAGGAAAGGCCCUGCUGUCUGGGGCCCGCGUGCUCAGAUCGACCGAGGCCUAUACAAGAAGCACAUGAGGGACGAGCUCAGCCUGUACCCCAACCUCUCCAUCAUCCUUGGCAGCGUGUCCGACAUUGUGGUCUCGACCCAUGACUCGCCGCCCGUGGGUGGUGCACAAAAGUCCAUUGCCGGCGUCCGUCUCGAAUCUGGGCGCGUUCUGCCAACGACCAAGGUCAUCAUCACCACGGGCACGUUCUUGGGCGGCGAGAUCCACAUUGGCCUGCAAAGUUACCCUGCUGGCAGGCUCGGAGAGGCAGCCACUUUUGGUCUGAGCCAGUCUCUGCAUGAUGCGGGCUUCCGGCUCGGACGGUUAAAGACGGGCACGCCUCCGCGCCUGGAUCGUGGCACCAUCAACUUCGAUGCGCUGCAGAAGCAGCUUGGCGACGAGCCGCCCACCCCCUUCAGCUACCUGAAUGACAGUGUCUCCGUUCGGGAUCAGCUGACAUGCAGCAUCACUUACACAAACGACGCGACUCACAGCGUCGUGCGCCAAAACCUCGACAAAACCAUUCACAUUCGCGAAACCAUCAAGGGACCCAGGUAUUGCCCGUCUCUAGAGUCCAAAAUCAUCCGGUUCGCCGACAAGGAGCGGCAUAUUGUCUGGCUCGAGCCAGAGGGUUUCGACAAUCCCGUCGUCUAUCCGAACGGCCUGUCCAUGACUAUACCCGCUGAGGCUCAAGAACAAGCGCUCCGCACCAUCGAGGGUCUCGAGCACGUCAAGAUGCUCCAGCCAGGCUAUGGUGUCGAGUACGACUACGUGGAUCCGAGGGGCCUCAAGGCAUCGCUCGAAACCAAAGCGAUAACCGGGUUGUAUCUGGCAGGUCAGAUCAACGGGACUACUGGAUAUGAGGAGGCUGCUGGCCAGGGCAUAGUGGCCGGUAUCAACGCCGGACGAUCAGCGCUGGGCUUGCCCGCUAUGUCACUCUCCAGGUCCGACGGCUACAUAGGCAUCAUGAUCGAUGACCUUAUCACGAAAGGCGUGACCGAGCCGUACCGAAUGUUCACCUCGAGAAGCGAGUUCCGUCUGGGUGCAAGGGCGGACAACGCCGAUCUUCGACUGACAGAGAAGGGGAGGACCUGGGGUGUCGUCUCAGACAAGCGUUGGCAAGCCUUCCGCGAUGAGAGACAGCAGAUUGCCGAUCUCACCGCGUCCCUUGCCACGCUGUCCCUGACGCCAGAGCAGUGGCUGCAGAGCGGGUUCCGCCUCAAGAAAGGCUCCCGACGUCGAAGCGGCAUGGACAUGCUGCGCCUCUCCAACUCCAGUUCUCGCGUCGAGCUCGAUCAUCUCAGCGCGGCCUGCCCCGAGAUCAUGGCGUACCCGGCUCGCAUCCGGAAUCGCGUGGCCGUCGAGGCAUCAUACGCGCCGUAUGUGAAGAUGCAAGCCGCGGAACGUGGGCAGCUCACCGGUGACGAGGCCCUUCGAAUCCCUCUAAACCUGGACUACGACGCCAUUCCCGGCUUGGCGCUUUCUGAGAAGGAGGUCCUGAAGGCUACGCGGCCCGAGACGCUCGCACAAGCUCGCCGGGUCGAAGGCGUCACACCCUCGGGAAGUCUGCGUCUCUUGGCCCAUGUACGGCGUCAGCCCACCGAGGGCAGACCUGAAGCAAGCCCAGAUCUACCUUGA